UGGGUCCCGGCUGUGGCGCCGGCUUCCUCCGUGUCGGUGCGGGGCUGGUGCCUGGCUCCGGCUCCUGCCCUCAGUGUUUCCCUCAGGCCCCCGCCCCGACCCCCGCAGCAUGGGGGACAACACCAGCCCCAUCAGCGUGAUCCUGGUGAGCUCGGGCAGCAGGGGCAAUAAGCUGCUCUUCAGGUACCCCUUCCAGAGGAGCCAGGAGCACCCCGCGUCCCAGACAAGUAAACCACGCAGCAGAUACGCUGUCAACAAUACGGGUGAACAUGUUGAUGACCAGGAUGGUGACUCCAGCAAGCCAUGUCCUCCAACCGAUGAGCAAUUGGUUGCAGGGUUCUCGGAUGUUAUUCUGGCAACAAUUUUGGCAACCAAGUCUGAAAUGUGUGGCCAAAAAUUUGAACUGAAGAUUGAUAACGUACGGUUUGUUGGGCACCCGACACUGCUGCAGCAUGGUCUGGGGCAGGUCUCCAAAACAGACCCAUCUCCAAAGCGGGAAGCACCCACCAUGAUUCUUUUUAAUGUGGUGUUUGCACUGAGGGCAAAUGCUGACCCAUCAGUGAUAAACUGUCUACAUAACUUGUCCCGGCGCAUUGCCACUGUCCUGCAGCAUGAGGAGCGCCGCUGCCAAUACCUCACUCGAGAGGCCAAGCUGAUCCUAGCACUUCAGGAUGAGGUAUCUGCUAUGGCUGACGCAAAUGAAGGUCCUCAGUCCCCGUUCCACCACAUCCUGCCCAAGUGUAAGCUGGCUAGGGACCUCAAAGAAGCUUAUGACAGCCUCUGCACAUCUGGUGUGGUGCGGCUUCACAUUAACAGCUGGCUGGAAGUGAGUUUCUGUCUGCCCCACAAGAUCCACUAUGCAGCUUCAAGUCUGAUCCCUCCCGAGGCUAUUGAGCGGAGCCUGAAAGCCAUCCGCCCGUACCAUGCCUUGCUGCUACUUAGUGAUGAGAAGUCUCUGCUGGGUGAGCUUCCCAUUGACUGCUCUCCGGCUCUGGUGCGGGUCAUCAAGACCACAUCUGCUGUGAAGAACCUGCAGCAGCUAGCCCAGGACGCUGAUCUGGCCUUGCUGCAGGUCUUCCAGCUUGCAGCUCACCUGGUGUACUGGGGCAAGGCGGUCAUCAUCUACCCAUUGUGUGAGAACAACGUCUAUGUUCUGUCUCCCAAUGCCAGUGUAUGCCUGUACUCCCCGCUGGCUGAGCAGUUCUCCCGCCAGUUCCCGUCCCAUGACCUGCCAUCCAUCCUGGCUAAGUUUUCCUUGCCUGUUUCUUUGUCGGAGUUCAGGAGCCCUCUGGCUCCCCCUGCACAGGAGACCCAGCUCAUCCAGAUGGUGGUGUGGAUGCUGCAGCGCCGGCUCCUCAUCCAGCUGCACACCUACGUUUGUCUGAUGGCCUCACCCAGUGAAGAGGAGCCCCGACUGCGAGAGGAUGAUGUCCCCUUCACUGCCCGAGUUGGUGGCCGCAGCCUCAGCACGCCCAAUGCCCUAAGCUUCGGCUCCCCAACCAGCAGUGAUGACAUGACCCUUACCAGCCCCAGUAUGGACAACUCCAGUGCAGAGCUGCUCCCCAGUGGGGACUCGCCACUGAACAAGAGGAUGACAGAGAACCUGCUGGCUAGCCUCUCAGAGCAUGAGCGGGCUGCCAUCCUCAACGUGCCUGCGGCCCAAAACCCUGAGGACCUCCGCAUGUUUGCCAGGCUCCUUCACUACUUCCGUGGCCGUCACCAUCUGGAGGAGAUCAUGUACAAUGAGAACACACGGCGUUCCCAGCUGCUCACGCUCUUUGACAAGUUCCGCAGUGUGCUGGUGGUGACCACCCAUGAGGACCCUGUCAUUGCUGUCUUCCAAGCACUGCUCACAUGAGCCCAGGCAGCCUGCCCAGUGGGAAUGGGAACUAGCUUACUCCCUGCCCAGGGCUCCUGACUGGCCUUAGGAGGAUGGGCAGCUCCAGUCUGGCAGAACCGGUUCUUGUUCCCGCUGUCCAUCUGGUCAGAAGUAGCUAUGGGGCAACCACUGCUGGCUGGACUUUUCUUUUCUUUCUUUUUUUUGAGACAAAGUUUUAUGUAGCCUAGACCUCACAUGUGCUAGGUAGCCAAGGAUGACUUUGAACUCCUGAUCUUCUUGCCUCUGUCCCCAUAUGCUAGGAUUACAGGCAGUACCACCAAUGUUACUUUAAAAAAUAUUUAUUUUUAUUUAUGGUUUUGUAUGUGUGGGUCCCCAGAGGUCAGAAGAAAGCAUACCCUGGAGCUAGAGUUAGAGGUUGUAAGCCCCUGGGUGUGGAGCUGAGAAUGGAACUCUAGAAGAGCAGGAGGCUUUCAACCAUUGCCAUCUCUUCAGUCUGGUCCUUACAGCAUCUUAACAUCGCUGAGCCGGAGGUUUUCCAGGAUGUGUCUCUGAAGUUCAAGUCUUUCACACACACACAGGUUGUGUCUUUCUGACCCCUUUCCCAACCUGCCCCUUCUGCAGCCAUCCUUGAGAGUGUCCAGAAACUCAUUUAACUCAUUCCUGCUCCUAGGUGUAUAUGCCCAUACACUGAUGAUUCUCCCCUCUCCAGUGCCAUACAUAUGGGGUUCCCAGGUUUCCUGACCCAGAUGAAGAAUUAACUUCAUGCACACAAAUUCUGGCUGAGACUUGGACAGUUCCCACAAACAAGAUAUUUAUUCUACUUUUAAAAAAUAAAAAAGCCCAUCAGGCUGUUUCCUGAGGCUGAUACAUCUGUUCAGCCACUCUGUCAACCACACUGACCCACGGGCUGCCCUGGAUAUAGAAGCGCAGGGGCUUCUGGGUCCACUCCCCUGCAUGACCAAUGCCUAUGCGAGCUGCUGCCACCACAGCUGGGCUGCUGGACUCCACAGGGCCACGCUCCAGCCACACAGCCUCAUCUUGGGCCAGGUCUCGCUGAUCAAAACUCUUAUCAAUGGCCAGGGCCUGGCACAGCUUGGACGGACCACUGCAGAGCUCACGGUCCUUGAGUGUACGGCCAGCAGUGCUUUUCCGGAGGUUGUCGCGAAGCUGCCGCAUGGUCUCCAGGCCCUCCAGGGGCUCUAGUGCUCGUAACAGGACACAAGCCCCAGCCCCUGUGGGACAGACAGACAGCCUGGAAGUAAACUUUCAGAGCUCUUGCACAUACGCAGUGUGGCAGUGGUGCUGCCGUCCUGCACGUGUAACCUGUAUCUACUGCAUCCAGACAUGCAGACACCUCUGCACUCUCUUCCCUGUAGCACCAACACCUCUGGAGCAUAAGGGACGCCAUUCUACUAGAAAAUGGUAAGUCAAGAAAGACUAGAAGGUGCAGUCCCUUGAAUCUCGCCUCCCAUGCUGUACCUAGCUCACCAACUGGAACCGCCUCUGCCAUUUCAGGGAGAAGCAGGACACAGAAUUUCUGUGAGUGCAGGGCACGUGAUCCCUACUCUCAGCUCCCAGGGCUGCUUUAUCGUCCCGCCCUAUCCUGGCUCCCUCUCAUCUUCAUGCAAACACCUUUGACUUCCAUGUCCUUGCCUAACUCCAAGUGCAGGUGAUAUCUGUGUCCCUAGCCUCUACUCAACAUGAAUGACCCUCACCAAUACCAUGUACACCCUUGUGGGAAUUUGCCUCCAACCUGGAUGUUCUUGGGGUGUUUUCAGUUACAUGUUCACCCUUGCCUCUGCCUUGUUCACCAUGUCUCAGGAGCCUGCAUUUCCCCCCUCAGAGACUAUAGCACUAACCAUCUCUGGUUUUGUUUCCUUAGUUCAGCCACACUAGCGGGGUUGGUUCUGUCCAAGAAGGCUUCUGUCAUUUUUCUCUCUCUUUAAUUAAAAAAAGAAGUGUAUUGAAA